UACUCAUACCUUGAUAACUCGAGCUUCCCUUCGUCGGCUCUUACACGACAUAAUCUAGAAGUUUGUAGCCAGCCAUGGCAAGGCCCCACUCGAUCUUCCUUGUUCUUCUUGUCGCAGCAAUGGCGUCUCCUAUGGUUCUUGCUUACGACCCAAGCGCUCUCCAGGACUUCUGCGUCGCUGACUACGCUUCCAAUGUGUUUGUGAACGGGAUGGCGUGCAAGGACCCGAAGCUGGUGACGGCCGGCGACUUCGCCUUCUCCGGCCUCCAGAACCCCGGCGACACGGCCAACGCGGUCGGCUCCAAUUCCACACUCGUGGACGUGCACGUGCUCCCGGGGCUCAACUCGCUCGGCAUCUCCCUGGCGCGCCUCGACGUCGCCCCCUUCGGCCUCAACCCGCCGCACACGCACCCCCGCGGCACCGAGAUGCUCACGGUCGUCGAGGGCGAGCUCUACGUCGGCUUCAUCACCACGGACGGGAAGCUCUUCGCCAAGGUGGUCUCGAGCGGGGGCGUGUUCGUCUACCCCAAGGGGCUCGUGCACUUCGCGUUCAACCUCCGCGCGCGCCCGGCCUGGGGGAUCGUCGGACUCAGCAGCCAGAACCCCGGCCUCAUCCGCGUCGCGGAAUCGCUCUUCGGCGCCGUCCCUGGCGUCACCGACGAGGUGCUCGCCAAGGCGUUCAGGAUCGACACCGCCACUGUGCAGAUGAUCAAGGCGAAGUUCUAGACCAAGAAUUAAUCAAGGAGCUUUAGCAUCAUCAUCACCAUCAUCAUUAUUAUCCAAAGAGUCAAGGGGGGCUGAGUAGUAAGCCCCCAUGAACAUUUUCAUUUCUCGCAGGUGUCGUCGAUUUGUAGUUUGUUUGAUACUUCUUAAUUCUUAUCUGUAUUUGUCAAUGAUUUUUUAUAUCUAAUUCAUGGGCUGUCGAGAGUGACAAGUUAUUGAUCUUU